UAGACAGGGCAACACUUUUUGCAAAGUCCUCCCUGUUCACUCCGGCCUUGGAUCGUCGAGUGACUCCUCCAACAUGUCGGAAUACUGGAAAUCGACACCUAAAUAUUGGUGCAAGCACUGCAGCGUCCACGUGCGUGACACAAAACUCGAGCGUACCAACCAUGAAGCCACAGCAAAGCAUCAAGGGGCCAUCAAGCGAUCCCUCCGAGACCUGCACCGCAGCGCCGACCAGAAAGAGCGCGAAAAGGAACGGGCGAAGCGAGAAGUCGAGCGACUCAAUGGAGUAGUGUCGGGGAGUACCGGCGCGUCGAGCGCAUCGCGGCCGGGCCCCAAGUCAAGCGGCGGAGCAUACAGCGCGACGCCGCAGCAGGUAUCAGAGGCAGAGAGGCAAAAGCAGCUCGAGCAGCUUGCCGAACUGGGCGUCAAUAUCCCAACGGAGCUGAGGGGAAGCAUGGCGAUGGCUGGGGAGUGGACUGUUACCGCGACAAGAGUCCUUGAAGAGAACAGUGACAAGCCAGGAGACAAAGAUCCUGGUUCAACGGAGGCUCGUGCGGUUGGAGUCAAACGUGAGAGAGACCGGACGGAAGAAGAGAAGGAGCAGGAGGAGGCGAUCAAGGGACUCUUCAAGAAGCCGCGGAAGUGGGGGAUCGACUCCAAGACAAUGCCCGCUGAGGAAGACGCCGAAUUGGAGGCAUUGUUAAGUGGGCCGCUAAUCAAGGCCAAGAAGGAGGAAAGCGAGCCGCCCCAAAUCAAGACAGAGGACAGUAACGAGGAGACGGCGCAGGCAGAACUCGACGAAACGGUUAAACAGGAGUCUUCGCCGCCCAUCAAGGUGGAACCGGAGCAGGAGGAAGUCGGCGCCGGCAUCGGCCCGGCCAAGGAAAGCGUACCCGAGCUUUCCCCCGGCGCAGACGGAGCAGCAGUCCCAGCGGUCAUGUUCAAGAAGCGGAAACCCAAAAACAUACGGCAAAAGUAGUGGCAAGUUGCCACAGCCGGUGCGUAGGACUUCUGCACUUUGUUACUCCGAUCAAUGAUACCCACUUACUGUAUCUUUGGCAAUCC